CGCCAUUGUCUUUUAACGUUCUCCUUCCUUCCUGUGUUCACGAGAAAAAGAGAGAGAGAGAGGAACAAGAGGAAACAGAAGCUAGCCAAGCCCAGCCAUGGCUGCUUUUCUUCCUUCCUUUCUCUCAUGACCAAAUUUCCCUUUCUUCCAGCUCGCUGCAAUUUUCAGCGCCUCAAGCAACUAACUGAAUCACGCGAACGGCGUCUAUCGCCGGCCGGCGUUCGUUGCUGAUCGCUGCAUACAAUUUGACUCUUCAAAAUCGUUGUUUUCUCUCCUCUGUUUUUGCUUCUUCGGCGGAGUGUUUGGAUUCUGUGAUUCUGUAUGUGUUUGCUAUGGGAGACACGGAGAGCUGCAGCAGCAGAGCUGUUGAUUUCGUGCCGGCGGUGAGCAGGAACCAGAGGCAGAAAGUUGCGGUCUACAAUGAAGUCCUCCGCCGGCUUACGAACUCCAAUGACGAGGAAUCCGGCCUUCCAGGCUUCGAAGACGAGCUCUGGAAUCAUUUCCUCCGUCUUCCCACUAGAUACGCGCUGGAAGUGAACGCGGAGAGGGCGCAGGACGUGCUUAUGCACAAGAGAUUACUGCAGAUGGCUCAUGAUCCGGCUACUAGGCCGGCAAUUGAAGUCCGGCUGGUACAGGUUUAUUCUGCAUCCCAUGGAAACUCUGGUGACUCUGCUCAUGCUGACUUUCCCAAGAAAAAGCAACCUCAAUCUUCUGAUCAACCCUUGAAGCAGAGCCUCCAUCCACCACCUGCCUUUGGUUCAUUGCCAGACCUAGAACUUGCAUAUGAAGCUCAAGAUAAGGAUACCGGCAGUGUAAUUUACUCUCGGCUUAUGCAUGAAAUCACAAUUUCCACGAAUGAUAAGCCAAAGCUUCUGAGUCAGUUAACUUCCUUACUCUCUGAGCUUGACCUAAAUAUACAAGAAGCACAUGCUUUUUCCACCACAGAUGGGUACUCAUUAGAUGUGUUUGUUGUUGACAAUUGGAGCUCUGAGGAGACAUAUAAACUAAGAGUCGUGCUGGAAAAUGAAAUUCCGAAGAUUGAGCAAGACCAAACAGGAACGAAUCCCAGAUCUUCUGAAAUGAGCAUCCCAACUGUGCCAAUUGAUGUUUGGGAAAUUGAUGCAAGAUUACUGAAGUAUGAGUACAAAGUUGCAUCUGGACCCUAUGGAGACACGUAUAAAGGCACCUUCUGUAGUCAAGAUGUGGCUAUCAAGCAUUUCAGGGCAGAGCACCUAUGCAAAAAACUUCAAAAGGAAUUCGCUCAAGAAGUCUUUAUUAUGAGGAAAGUCCGGCACAAGAAUGUUGUUCAGUUCAUCGGUGCAUGUACCAGGAGGCCAAACCUAUGUAUUGUGACAGAAUUUAUGUCUGGUGGAAGCAUGUACGACCAUCUGCAUAAAAGGAAGGAAUGUUUUAAUCUUCAGUCCUUACUCAGAGUGGCAGUUGAUGUAUCCAGAGGAAUGAACUACUUGCACAGAAAUAACAUAAUCCACAGAGACCUGAAAGCUGCCAAUCUUCUAGUGGAUGAAAACGGAGUUGUCAAGGUUGCUGAUUUUGGUGUUGCCAGAGUGCAAGAUCGUUCAGGAGUAAUGACUGCAGAAACUGGAACAUACCGUUGGAUGGCUCCGGAGGUUAUUGAACACAAACCAUACAAUCACAAAGCUGAUGUUUUCAGCUUCGGCGUUAUGCUGUGGGAACUGCUCACAGGAAAGGUCCCUUAUGACAACUUGACCCCAUUGCAAGCUGCAGUUGGCGUAGUACAGCAGGGGCUGAGACCAUCCAUCCCAAAGAACACCCAUCCCAAAUUGGUGGAACUUCUUGACAGAUGCUGGGACAGAGACCCAUGUUUGAGGCCUGAAUUCUCUGAAAUUUUGGAACUUCUACAGAACUUACAGGGGAUGGUCACGGAGGAAGGAGAAGACAGGGUGAAACACAAGGUAUCUAGGAAAGUAGUAGCUGCAACGGGCUGAGAACGGGAGUUUGAGGUUGCAAGAAGUGAGAAAACUUUGUACAUAACGUUUGUUGUAGUAAAAUCUCACCCUUGAGAAACAAUUGAUUUAUGUGUUUACAUUUUUGUUUGUUCUAAGUUAGUAACCAGUUUUCUCUUUCAACAACUUGUACUAAUGUUUAACUGUUGUUCAGCUUAUGAGAGUGGUAUGCACGAUCUCGCGCUGGAAAUAAUUGUAAACUUGCUAACUCCAUGUAUUCCGAGGAAAUAUACAGCUCGAAGUUGGCAAGAGCAGAAACUUAAUUGUUCAUUUUUUGUUUUUGUAACACUUUUGCGUGCACCCAAGACUCAGGUCCCCUUCAAGAACACUUCUCGAGGCAUGAUGAUGAGGCUGGAAGCUGUAACAGAUGUAUUCUACACCGGAAAAAGGUAACUCCAGUAUUUGAUUAAUUUGUGCCCCAGAACUGGAACUUUGAGAGUCUGUUGUAUUUUCCUUGACUUGAAAAGAUCAUAUCACUGAAUCAAUAUAGGUGCAUAUUAAGUAAAAAUUGUUCGGUGGAGGAAGAAUAACUUGGAUUAUCUGUGCACUGUCGGGAAUUGUCCAAAAGACAACAUAUGCUAUUACUAGAAAUAACACCCGAUAUUAUAAUAGGCAUUAAGUUGAUAAUCACUAGUUGCUAGUAGCACUAGCAUCUUUGGUCUAUUCAGCUAAUGUGGAACCCUCUUAUAACUUCGUACCCUUUUUUACCUGCGGUAGCUUUACACUUCAUGUUGCAGUCGUCAACUCUCUACGUUUUCAAGUCCACAGCUUAGAUUCUUCGAUCAUGGACAGUCUUUAAUUUGCGUUUCAUGUACAUUUCAUUAGAUGGUAUUCAUGCAGCAGUGUCUUCUAGAACUUAUGUGGGUUACUCUAUAAUAUAUGAUCUGAAUCAGUUUUCAGAAAACCAUUAAGCAUCCACUCAAGAGCAUUUCCUCCAAUGGAGACAUUGAGAAAGCCUUGAAGUCUUGAUGUUCUCAUGCCAAAAUGCAGCAGCAACAUGAAGAAAAAGAAGCCCUCUUGAAUCACAGCUAUGGCCAGGAAGAGCAGUUAGUUGUAUGGUAUUCAUAAUUGCACUCCAUCCACAGAAACAAUGGGGCUGCUGCUGCAAACCCCAGCAAACCAGCAAAGCAAAAGGUAUCCUUCAACGAAAUUGCAGAGGAAGCCAUGUGGUGCAUAGCAGAUAAAGACAGCCAACCGUCCCACGAUGAUGUAUCCUUUCGUCGUAACCCAUGGAGGUCACUCAUGAUCAGAACCAAGUCCAUAAUAAUCGAAGAUGAAGACU